CUUGACACUCACAUUUCACAGUUCUGUUCGAGUUCGUUUUUUAUACCUAAUUGAUUCGUUUUUUUCAUUUUAAGUGGAUACUUAAUUAAUUUUUACAAAAACAUAAUGGUGGUUGCUAAAAAAUGGGUUUUGGUAAAACGUAGCGAGGGUUACCCUAAGGAAACCGAUAUCGUCUUACAAGAGGAGACCUUACCCGAACUAAAGGUUGACGAAUUCCUUGUAGAGGCGGUCUACCUCAGUGUAGACCCAUACAUGAGGGCCAUGAUGCCAAGGAGUGAGGUAAAUACCACCAUGAUCGGAUCCCAGGUGGGCAAGAUCAUUGAGAGCAAAAACCCAAAAUACCCAGUUGGAAAAUACGUGAUCGGACAAUACGGUUGGAGAACUCACACGAUCGUGAGCGGAAACGAAUUUACGAGAAUUUUACCGGAUUUGGGUGGAUUACCUUCGUCUUUGGCCCUAGGGAUCUUGGGUAUGCCGGGGAAUACCGCUUACUUUGGCUUUUUGGAGUUGUGCAAGCCGAAAGCUGGUGAAACUGUGGUGGUGAGCGCAGCUGGCGGGGCAGUGGGAAGUAUCGUUGGUCAAAUUGCUAAAAUUAAAGGUUGCACCGUGGUCGGUAUCGCUGGUUCAGACCAAAAAGGCAAAUGGCUGACCGAUGAACUCGGUUUUGAUAGUUUUAUCAACUAUAAAACCGAUAAUGUGGAGGAAGCUUUGAAGAAGGCCGCCCCCAAGGGCGUGGACUGCUAUUUCGAUAACGUGGGGGGAGAAAUCAGCACAAUCGUAAUGAACCAAAUGAACGAGUUUGGUAGAGUAGCGAUAUGUGGUGCCGUCUCUUAUUACAACGAAAAAGAAAUACCUAAAGUUCCCGCACCCCAAUUCGCCAUCGUAUCGAAACAAUUGAGGGUGGAGGGAUUCAUAGCGAUCCGAUGGACAGGGAGAUGGAUGGAAGGGUUGAAACAAAACACCGAAUGGAUCAAACAAGGAAAACUGAAGUACCAUGAAACGGUCACCGAUGGUUUCGAGAAUAUGUUUAAGGCAUUUGUGGAUAUGCUCAAGGGUGGAAAUAUGGGAAAAGCGCUGGUUAAGGCUUAAGUUUAUUGUCACUUUUCUUUUAAUAUAAGGAUGUUUGCACCAAAAAUAAAGAGUCAUUUGUU